CACAGUCAAAAGUCACCUGGAGAUAUAGAGUUCAUGGUGUGAUGAGUAUUUCAGCAGGGAAAGUCACUAAAACGGGGCAAGUAACGGUGAACAGAAUAUGAAAGUAGAGAUAUUUCAUCUAAGAGUGUGCGAGUUCCGAAUCCGAGCUUUUAUCGGUUUGUAACGCUGCAUGUGUCCACAGGUCCGUGGCAUCGAUUCUCGUCUCCAUGACUCCUUGGCAUUGAUACCGUUUCUUCUCUUUUAUCACUUUCACUUUGCUUUAUACCAACUUCUCCAUGUUGCCACCUUCUUCCCUUUUUGCUCCGGUACACACCGAACGAGGAUGUCGUGAUUAGUCUCAGGUUUCCAGAGCAGAGAUGAGCGAUCCGUCAUGUUCACUCACACUGGGGCAUAACGCAGGAGGAAUCCGUCGCUGGGGGAGAGCAAUGGGGCUUUCCUGGGCCUUGGUGGAGCCCGUUGUGGUGAUAAACACAGUGGGGACCUCUUUCUUUGACACGGCCCUGACGCUGGCCGUUUAUAACCGCACCCUGGAGCAGGCAGAGGGGCAGAGCGACCGCGCCCAGGCACUCUCCACCCAUUUCUUCCUGAUCCACCAAAUUCUGGCCUCCUUGCUGUCCCUCAUGUCCACCUUGCUCCUGGGACACCUCUCCGACCGCCUCGGCCCCCGCGUGCUGCUGGUGGUGCCGCAGAUCGGCUCCGUCUUGGCCAAGAUUUUCCUGCUCUUCUUCAUGCUCUUCCGGCUGCCCCUGGCGGUUCUCUAUGCAGGGUCUGCCGUGUACGGCCUGAGCGGCGGAUCUCCGGGCUACUGGGGGGGGGUGGUGUCCCUGGCCGCCCUCAGCUCGGAGGAGGGCCGCCGCAGCCUCAAGCUGAACGUUGUGGACUUUUGCAGUGGGGUGGCCGGCGUGCUGGGGGGGCUGCUCUCCGGCUAUGUGUAUCGGGUCGGCCAGUCCGGCGUGGCCCUGAUUCUCACCAGCCUGGCGCUCUGCACCCUCGGACUCCUCUACUCUGCCUUUCUGCUGUCGUACCCCAGCCCGUCCGUCCCUGGGGGCCACUCCGGGCCCCAAAAGGCGGCCCCAUACGACCGCGGUGCCGUGGCCCUGCUCUUCUCAGCCAUGAUACUGUUCUUCCUGGGCAUGACCGGGGCAGAGGGCGUGCUGUGCCUCUUCGUGCUGAAGCCGCCCCUCAGCUGGGACUCGGUGUGGACGGGCUACGGCAGGGCCGCCACCAGCGCCAUGUACCUCAGCAGCUUCCUGGGCGUGCUGCUGCUGUCCCGCCCUCUAGGGGACAUGGCGCUCAUCCUGCUGGGCGUCGUGUCCAACUGCACUGGGAUGGCCAUAUUGGCCUUUGCCACUCGCAGUUGGAUCUAUUUCUUCGGUGGGUCAUUCUUACAACCAAGGGCGUAGAUUUGGGUAUGGAUGGCAGGAAUAUGUAUGU